UAUAAUUCCUGUCAGCCCUUUGUUUCCAGAAAGAUCCUGAUUCCCAGGUCAUGAGACAACUUUUCUGAUAGGAUUAUUUUGAUACUUGCAUCUGUUGAGGAGUGGCAGGAAGGUCUCCAGAAGGCUCGUGCAGAAAUCCACAGGAGGGAGAGCAGAGUGUGAUGUGCAUGCUCCCUCUUACCUGCUGCAGGCUGUGAGGUGGCAGCUGAGCACAGGCAUUCUCCAGUGUGCCUCUGCACACUCCUGAAGCAGUUUCCAGAUCCCAGUUCCCAGGACUACUGUCCACAGCAGAUCCAAGGCAGGUACCUCGGCCUUGAAGGCAUCCUUUUCACUUGGACCCCGUGUGUUCUGCCAAGCAAUCGAUCACCGUGGGGACACGCAAUUCCCGGCCGAGCCAGCGGGAUCAGCUCUCAUGAAUAAGCAAAGCGCCGUGGCCGCGCUGCUGCGGGAGUGCGAGCGGGCUCUGGACACGCUCCUGGCCGCCAAGGCCGGCACGGGCGAGGCCGAGCAGCGGGAAUACCGCCGGUGCCAAGCUCUGCUUCCUGAGGAGCUGAGGAGCCUUCUGGAGGAGGCAAAGGAAAUGAAGUGGCCCUUUGUGCCAGAGAAGUGGCAGUACAAACAAGACCUCGGCCCAGAAGACAAAACAAACCUGCAAGAUAUGAUCAGCGCCAGGCUCCCUGACUUGCUGGCUUAUCUGAAGGCCUCCAUCCUGGCCAGGGACUGCAGCACGGCCACGGCCGUGGUGUUCCUGAUUGACCGCUUCCUGUACUGGAUCGACGCCUCCAGCCGGCUCCUGCGCAUCGCCAAGGGGCUGCACCGCCUGCAUCCCGGCGCUCCCAUCAGCCCGCAGCUGCUCAUCCGCCAGGCUCGCCUCGCCCUCAACGCAGGUAAACUUUUAAAAGCUGAAUAUAUCCUAAGCAGCCUGAUUAAUGACAAUGGAGCAACGGGAACCUGGCGAUACGCUGAGGAGAGCGAUCGGAUUCUCGUUCAGGCAGUCUGCUUACAAAUCAGGGGACAGAUUCUGCAAAAGCUUGGGAUGUGGUAUGAGGCAGCAGAGUUGAUCUGGGCUUCAGUCGUGGGAUACUUCAAACUUCCUCAGCCAGAUAAAAAGGGAAUUGCCACAUCCUUGGGUAUUAUGGCAGACAUCUUUGCUUCCAUGAAUGAGCAGGAUUAUGCACGCUUUAAAAACAAUGCUGACAUUGACCUGGGCCUCUUGCAGGAGUUCAGCCACCGCUUGUUAUCAGCAGCUGAGGCCUGCAAGCUGGCAGCUGCCUACAGCCAGUACACCCCCCUGUUUGUCCUCACAGCUGUGAACAUCCGUGGGAUGUGUCUGCUGUCCUACAGUCACUCCAAGGACUGUCCCCCAGAAAAGAGAGAGUUCUACUUGUCUGAAGCCAAAGAAGCCUUUGAGAUUGGGCUCCUCACCAAGGAGGAGCAGAGUGCCAUCACCAGCAAGCAGGAGCUGCACAGUUUCAUCAAAGCUGCCUUCUGCCUGGCCACUGUGCACCGAUGGCUCCAUGGAGAGAGCCAGGAGCUACGUGAGGUCACUCAGCUGUGCAGGGAAGCCCUGGGAAAGCUGCACUCCUACAGCACCUUGCUUCCAGAGGAGGAAGAUAAAGGGAUGCUUGCCAAAGAGAUCAUGUCUCUGAUUGCAUCCGUGAAGAAGCGCCUGCGAGUGGGAAGCUUCACAAAUUCUGAUGCCAGGUCUUAUGUCCCAGACAGUUAUAAAGGCUCCGUACAAAAACCGGUCCUGCAAGGGGAAACCAGCUUUGAAAAAAUCCUUGCCAAGCAUUCCCAGCAUCACCUGUCAGUGUGCCAAGUGUUUGAAAAAACUUGCAGGAUUCAUAAAACCACACCAGGAGAAAUCCAGGUGGGAGCUUGUAUCACAACCUUAAGAACAGAGACCAAAACCAUGGACACUGUGUGUACUACUGAAGACACAGUUCACCAGAGGAGAGGUGCUAUGAAAAUCCUGAACUUACCAACAGCAAGAAACAGCUCAGAGGGACUCAAUGGCCAGAGAAAUCAAGACAUUGGCUCUGGUGUGAUGAAAAUUUCCUUUGAAGAAGAGAUUGAGCCAUUAGAAAUUAAAAUAAACAGCGAAAAUGGUGUUUUCAGCAGAGGGCAAAACAAAAGCCAAAGCACUACUUCCAAGAACUCUAGGUGCAAGCUGUCUAAAUCCAGUUACUCUUCCAGCUGGGAGGAACUAAAUUUUAAUAGCAGCAGAGAGUCUCUCAGGGAUGGGCAGCAAAGGGAGAAGGGCUCCGUGGAGGAGCAGUGCUGUACCACAGAAUCCAAUGGAAAUGGUCAAGACGAGUCUUUGUGCUCCUUACCUCCCAGAGCCUGGCAUCCUGCUCCUCCAGAGUCCCUCCAUGGCUCUGGGAGAUCUCCUCAACAUUCCUUGGAGGAGUGUGCACCUCCAGCAGGGAAGAUGGUGGAGGAGUCUCUCUGCAGAGAAGAGCUGAGGGAGGGAAAACACCAUGGAAAGAGCUCUUCAGAAAAGAAAGCAAAGGGCUCGAACAGUGAGUUUCCUUCCCUCUCCACUUCUUACUCUGUUCUUCCAGGGCAGGAGGAGGAGAAGUGCUUUUCCUCUACAGAGCUGAGCUGCAGGACCAAGGACAGCAGCAGGGAGGAAGGCAUUGGUCACUUUGAGUGGGUCCACUCAGGAGAACUUGCGGAUAGCACUGAGGAUCCCUCGUUUGAGGCACAGCCCCCCCAGAACAGGGGCACUUCUGUACCAUCAACAAACAUCGGGCUGAAAACAGGCAGUGACUGCUCUGUGCGUGAGUGGGUGAGGAAAUCUGCUGUGCUGGGGAGCAGAUCUCUCCAAGGGCCUCAAGUUGACACCCAGGCAGAAACAGUAGAUGACACUGACUUUGAGCUCAUCAGUGUGGGAGACCUGGUAAACCAUUAUCCUACAGCACUGGCUCCAAAGCAUGAAGCAUCUCCCAGGGUGCCAGCAGCUUUGCCCUCCCAGGGAAAGAUAUCCACAACCAAGCACUUUGACUGUGCCACUACGGAGGAAGAUGAAGAGAAGUCUCAGGAUGUGGUCAGCAGCAAGAGACAAUCCAGUUCCUCUCUGAGUUCAUGGAUCAAACCAACACAAAUGCCCACGAGCUCCCCUGAAGGUUCAGUCCCAAGGGGAAGUGGUUUUGCCUUCACUCCUGAGAGACUGAAGGAAGAGAUCCUGGAUGCUCGGUUCCUGGGGGAUGAUGAUUACAAGCAGCUUCUGGCAGGGGUGGAGCAUAAUUGGCUUGUCCAGAGACUGAUGCCUACUGGGAUCUUCAGGACCAAAGAGCUUCACAAAGCAUACUCUGCCCUUCUUCUGAAAUACUCCAAGAAAUCCGGGCUGUGGACAGGCCAGGAGACAGCCGUGUUCAUCGGGGACUACCUGAACGUGGCCAAGGAAGGCAAGCAGAGAAGAGCCUUUUGGAUACACUUCCUGCACCAAGAAGAAACCUUGGGAAGGUAUGUUGGGAAGGAAUAUAAAGAAGAAAAAGGACUCCUCCAUCAUUUCAGUGACGUGGAGCGACAAAUGACUGCCCAGUACUACGUGACAGAGUUCAACAAGAGGCUGUAUGAGCAGAAGAUCCCUACCCAAAUCUUCUACAUCCCCUCUGCAGUACUCCUGAUACUGGAAGGCAGAAAUAUCAAAGGGUGUGUGAGUGUGGAGCCCUACAUCCUCGGGGAGUUUGUGAAGCUGUCCAACAACACCAAGGUAGUGAAGAAUGAGUACAAAGCCACGGAGUACGGUCUGGCCUAUGGCCACUUCUGCUAUGAGUUCUCCAAAGGAACUGACAUAGUUGUCGACCUUCAAGGCUGGGUGACAGGUAAUGGGAAAGGCCUCAUCUACCUCACAGAUCCCCAGAUUCAUUCCCUCAAUAGCAAAGACAUCUCACGCUCCAACUUUGGGAAGAAAGGAAUUUACUACUUUUUUAAUGAUCAACACGUGGAGUGCAACGAGAUCUGUAGCUGCCUGUCUUUGAGAAGGCCCUCGGUGGAGCUGCUGGCCUAGGUUGGCACAGGAGACAUUUUGCCACCUCAGCCAAAGUUACGGCUACUCACAGGUAAAAGCUAGGGUCAAGGAUCAGCUUGUCCAGUUCCCUGUUAAAACAGACAUGGAAUCAUAUUCUACUGGUCUUACUCUUUACAGGAUUGGGCACAAUUUCAGGUGUAUCAGGCACUCUGUCUUCGUCUGGGCCUUGGAUAAUGGAAAUCAUGGAUUUACAACCUCAUCACCUGAAGAACUGGGGUGCACAUGGCUCCAAACACACAGAGUUUAAAUUAUUGGUUCACAUUUGUGGUAUAAAUAGGGGAUUAUUGAGGAAAUAAAUAGUUGACUCUGAGGAUGGAGAAUUUAAUAUUUUGUCUGUAAAUUUCAUCCUAGAGCUAGUGACAAAAAAAAUUGCUGUUAUUUCCUCUGGCUUCAGAAUAAAGUAAUUUGAACUAACUGAGA